GUCCUGCCCAAAUCCGCAUACCAGUUUAUUCGAUGCCCAGCUGGUCCGUCAAAGGCGUUCGCCCUCUUCGGCCGCUCCUCACAAAUAACUCCUUCACCUGUUCGCCAUGCCGUCUACGCCUCUUCUCCACAAACACCUCGCGCCCGCUCCGCCACUCGACGCGUCUGCUGGACCAAAAAGACAAGGAUGACCUGAAGACCGCCAAGGACGAAUCUCUUGACCCAGAAUCCAUGUGGCCUUUCGGCAGAGGUGACCUGAUCAAGUCCGACUUGUCUAAUCAGACCGCUCAGGCCAAGGAUGAAGGACCCAAGCAUGAAGAAGCAAAGGAUGAAGGAACAAAGCAUGAAGAAGCCAACGAAGGAGCCGACGAUGAAGGAGUCAAGGACGAAGAUACCAGGGACUCGGAACCGUCAGUACAGGGCGGCCUCUCCAGACGCCAACGAAGUGUCCUUGUUAGAAAGACACGCAAGGGUCUCCAAUCUCGCACGCACGCGUUGCAACGAUACCCGCAACGCCACGACAAGAGUGAAGAGCAGCACAAGGAUACUCUUGAGGGAUUGAAUUUCCCCAAGAAGGACGCUAAGGGCACAGAGUCGUCUGAGAACGCUUCUAAGAGUACGGGAUUCUUCGACAAUGGCCUUGCAAGCGUGGUGCAACCCAAGAAUGAUGUUGAGGAGACUGCGCCAUCUCAAAGUACUACCCACAACGAUCUGUUCAAAUCUCUUCUUCCAACAAGUCAUGACAGCCAAACGACUGACGAUCGGCCGAAAUCCAUCUAUGACUUCUUCAAAUCGUCAAACGCUCCGAACGUCCCUUCUGUCUACGAUGGAGGUGCGCUACAGUCCCUGAGAGAUGCUAUGAUGUCUAUCAAGAGCGAUCCUAUUCUGAUCCCAAAAAGGAAACAACUAAGUAGGCCACGGAACAAGCGCAGGCGCUUUGUGAACGCAGCUGCUCCUCAGACAGCUGAGCGUAUUGCCAAACGGGGGAGGAAAAGAGAAGCAGACGAGAGACGGGCACACAAGCUACUUUCAGCCGGAGUCAAGACAAUGGAUGCAUCCAGCGUCAAGAUGCAGCGCUUGAAAGUUGACCAGCCGCCUGUCCCUCGUGUCCAUCAUGGUCUUGAUCGCGUGCUCUUCAAUCAGGGCGUGCAUCAAUUGCAGGACCCACGAUCAAAGGUCUACAAUUUUGAUCCCUAUCUUCAGAAAAUUAUGCCUGUUACUGAGUUCGACUACGACGCUCUUAGUGCCUACAAGACCUCUUCUCAGGAUGACUUCCUUUCCGCCUUCGCCAAAGAGCAUGGCAAGAAAUAUGUCGGUUCGACUUCUAGCAUGACAAGUACAUUGGCUCAUUUCCAUUAUCUUCUCUCCGCUUGGCGCAAGAUCAACAUCGGCAUGUUUUCGAGACAUUUCCCUGACACCCUGCAGAGCUUUACUGCACUCAAUCGUACACCUACCGCCAUCUUCCUGAGACGCAAAGGCGAUACUUACGCCAUCGAUGCCGACAAAGAGUUUGACGGCGCCAACGUUCUGAUGUUGCUAGGAAGAUCCAUGGAAAAGCUGUUAACGCUGCCAGUCUCUGAAUUCGAGCGCUAUCGCAAGAACAAAUCUGAAGGAAUAUCAGAAGCUGAGCGAAACAAGCCUGAGUCUUUCCACUACUCUUCGCUAGGUGAUUUCUUGCUGCGAUCCCAACUGGACGCUCAUGAUGAACGUCUACCAGGAACAGGCAUGUUUGAUCUCAAAACGCGCGCGGUACUUCCUGUUCGCAUGCAGUCCUCAAAUCACGAGCCAAUGACUGGAUAUGAAAUCACCCAGACCCAAGGUCAGUACGAGAGUUUUGAGAGAGAGUACUACGAUAUGAUGCGCAGUACUGCGCUCAAGUAUUCUUUACAGGCUCGCAUGGGCCAUAUGGACGGCAUCUUCGUUGCGUAUCAUAAUGUCAAGCGUAUCUUUGGAUUCCAAUACAUCAGCCUCGAGGAGCUCGACCGAGCUCUUCAUGGACAAAGCGAUCGCACUCUAGGGAACCAAGAGUUCAACCUCAGUAUCGGCUUAUUGAACGAAGUCUUCAACAAGGCUACGGAAAAGUUCCCUGAUCAGUCCAUUCGAUUCCACUUUGAGACCAAGGAUGCCGAAACGCUCCCCUCUAUGCACAUAUAUGCAGAACCCAUGAGCGAAGAGGAGAUUGACACGAUCCAGAAUUCACAAAAAGCUAAAAUUGCCGAAUGGGAUCGCGCACUACGCGAUCCGAACUUAAAACCAAGUGAAGGACCAGCCGACGAACUAGUUACGGAACACGAAGACGACGGACUUGGUGAUUCCACUAGUGACUUGAUGCAUACGUCGAUAACCUCUACCGAGUCUGAAAGCGAACAGAGCUCAGAGAUGCUUGCACAAGAGCCAGAGACAGAUGUGACACCAGAAGCACAAAUUACGAAGAAAGACAGGUUCGUUCAAGAAAUAGAAGCCAUCUCGUCGACGUCUGAGGCGACGCCGAAAUCAGAUGACAGCGGCAAGCCAUUGCUGGGAAUGAUCCUCACGGUUCGUUCCAAAGUUAAUGGCAUACAUGUCGACCGACCAGAAUUUCUCAGAAAACACCACGAUUGGUCGAUUGAGUAUAGCUUGACUGAAUUAACAAGCGCACAAGCAUGGGUCCAAUAUAGAGGCGCCAAGGGACGACGAAGGAAGAUCUAUGAGAAGCUCAACAAGCCCGAUAAGACCAACCCUGACAAUUCUGAAGCAACAUACAACGAGCAAUAUAUCACGAUGCUGAAGGAUCUCAGUGAGAAGGGCAGUAAGAUGAGGGCGAAACUCGACCAAGCUGCAGAGAACAAACCAACGGUUGUGUUGGGCUCGUCUCGGAUCGAGGGCGCUGCGAAUCCGAGCAUGAACACAGACGAUGUGAGCAUCGAGAGUGUUGAUGAUUACCUGGCAUGGCUGUAUGCAGAGAAGUCACGUUUUGGUGAGGAGGUCUGAUGAAAUUGACAAUAUUGUAUAAAUAGUAUAGGCAAGGUUACAUUGCAACAUAAUCCAAAUUAACGACCAGC